AUGGCACCAGGAGCGGAAUCCUCCAAAUCACAAAAGGGCAACCCUAGUAUCGAAGACAACAGUCGAACGACGAACAAAGAGAAAUCAGUGCAUAAUGUUUACAAGGAAGAGCCUCAGUCUUCCUCUACACCUGGCUCGGGUUCAGGCUCCCGCCAACAAACUCCUAAUUCCCCUGUGGCUUCCACAUCAAAGAACUUCGAUUACUUGCAGGCCGAUCCUGGAGCUUUUAAGUGCGCCUUGUGUCGACAGUGGCAUACAAGGAGAUGCCCGUGGUUGAUAAAUUAUUAG